GUGAGCGUUCAAAACACAAGAAAUGGCUGCCGGGCGAGUUACGCACGCGCAGUGGUCGGCACUUUAAAGAAAGUGUUGAGGAGGGAACAUGAAGCCACUUGCAGGUGGACGUGAAUUAUAGUCGAGGUUAAGGAUGCCCGGUGUGAGGCACACACUUCAGGGCAGAGGCUGCUAAGUUGUCCCGGGCAGAGUUGCAGCAUGAGAAAUGCUCGGUGCUCGCCAUGACUCUCAGAUCCUCGCUGUUUCCAAACACGGGAUUCAAACUCAACACUGACACCAUCGAUCUGGACAAAACGCACAUCAGAGCUGCUACUGUGAGCCCUGUGAGCAUCAAGAGAGAGCCCUGUGACUUUGUUAUUAAUGUUCACGACCUGCAAGGGGGCGAGAUCCCGAGUAAAUCCAAGAAUUUAGACCAGACUUACAUGACAAGCAAAGUUGCCCUCGCUGCUACUGUCGUAGAAGUUGUUCAAGGUGACGAUAAAACUGUGGAGAUAUUGUCCCCUGUUGGACAAAUGGGGGGUGAGGGAACCCCGGUGAAAGGUAAACCCCUCUCUGUUGACAAAAUGGAUAACCCUCAGAUGGCUUUAAACAAUAAUACAAAGGAUGUUGGUGCUGAUGAGAGUGCAAAGGGGGUUGUUCCGGGAGUCCUUGGCACUGCAUCCAUUGAACUCUCCUCUGAGGGAAAGUGGAGGAAUAUCAGGAAAACUCCGGCCAAUCCCCACACGCAGGCCAACUGCCUGAGGCAGAUUGUUCUCCUUCAGCUGGACCUGAUCGAGCAACAGCAACAACAGCUGCAGUCCAAGGACAAGGAGAUAGAUGAACUCAAAGCAGACAAGGAGACGCUGCUUGCACGUAUCGAGCGCAUGGAACGCCGCCUGCAACUCACACGGAAGGAUCCACCACGUGACAAGCGACUUUUCCAGCCUCUGGAGCCAUGGACCCCUGAUAAAGAAGACAUGUGGGAUCUGGAAGUAGAGGAGACUCCAGAGCCCAACCCAGCUACUCCACUGCCCUUCAGUCGUGGUGGAAAAGGUCAGAAGAGGAAAUCUUGCUUUGUAGAUGCAAAAGUUCAGAAAUCACGUGGGAAAAACACCAAACUUAGUCCCCAAAAGCUUGAGAUUCAGUCUGACUCUCCCCAUCAAAGAGAGCUGCGCAGUAAAACUCCAGAGAAGAUGGUACCUACCAGGACCGGGACAGAAAAGGAUGUUUUGCUCACUUGCAAAGAAGAACCUGAUGUAAGUUGUCAGAUGGAAGAUCUGCCCUUCAUGUCUACCACAGAGAUGUAUCUGUGCUGCUGGAAUCAACCUCCUCUGUCCCCUCUACGUGAGACUUCACCUAAAAAGGAGGAAGAGGUGGCCAUUCCGUCUUGGAGGGAAAACCAUAUCGAACCCUUGAAUGAGGACCCAUCCUUUGAUUUCCCUGAGAUGCUGGAUGACGGUGUGUUUUUGAAACGCCACAUGAAGCUUGAGUUGGAUGAGAAGAGGAGAAAAAGGUGGGACAUUCAGCGAAUCAGAGAGCAGCGCAUGUUCCAGCGCUUGCAGCAACGCAUGAACAGGAAAAAAGUUGUCCAGGAGUGUGAGCCAGAGGUUUCAUCUUUUUACCCCGACACUGAAGAUGUUGAAAGUAUAGUGGUCACACCCUUCUUGCCCGUGGUUGCAUUUGGGCGGCCUUUACCCAAACUUGUACAACAGAACUUCGAGCUGCCUUGGCUGGAUGACCGAAGCCGGUGUCGCAUCGAGGUGCCCAAAAAACACACACCUCAUCGGACCUGUCGGAAAUGAGUUCCACUUCACGCUAAAGGUGGAGAGAUGCCAUCCUGUACCCAGAAUUGAAACGCUGCGUUGUCUGGGACAGCAGAUGUUUUACGGGUGUGUCUUCUGGUCUGUGGAAGUGUUCCUGUUCUAUCAGCCAUUUACCACAGACCAACUGAUUCCCUGCAGACUGCUGGAAGAGUUCAUGACUGAGGGUGACCCUUGAGGAGUUUUCGGUGUUUUUGGUCCCUUUUAAUACUUAUGAAAAGGAGACUAAGUGCCACAAGAUUACAGUCCCCUUGUUGGCUUUUAUUGAAGAUCACACAUCUUCAGGUUAUAUUACUUCUACUAAUGUAUGAAUAGUUAUGCAUGUUUUGUGACAUGUUUGAAAAAAACAUUUUGUUGCAGCUGUGCUAUUCAAGACUGGUUUUAGAUGUGGAGUUCCUUUCACGUUUUAACAAUGCAUAGUGAGAUGGUUGCAUAAACUGGGGACUCUAAUCUUGGCGUGCAUUUGAUUCUAAAAAUGUUGAUUUUUAUUUUGAGUGAAAACUACUCUAGUUGGGAACGUGGAUUACAAGCAAUAUUGCCGCAUAUGUUUGGAUCGUUAUAAAAUGCUCAUUUUUUUUCUUGCAUCAGUGCAAAAUAUCAAUCUGACUGUAUUGUGCCGUGUAUAGCCAAUAUUCUUCACAACCUUAAAUAGGAUUUUAUCAAACGUGUAGUGUGAUAUCAGCAGUAGCAAUCCACUUUCAGCAUGAUUUCAUAUUAAACUGCAGUAUUUUAGACAAGGUGAAGAAACGUUUUGAGACAUUAUUUUUCAUGGCUUGCUUCAUGAAAACAAAAAUGCAUAAAUUGUAUGGUUAACAUGGUGCAAUGCAGUUUCCUGUGCCCUGAAUCAUCUUCCUUUUUAAAAAAAAAAAAAUUCUUUAAAUGCAAGUUGCAUGGGCUCUCUUUACCGUUUGCUUAAGAUGGUAGCAUGGUUUACCCCUGAAUGGCUAGUUACCUCUGGUCCUACAAAAUAACAUGGUGUUUUGAAAUCUCUGUUCAGUUGUUUGGUCUGAACAGCUUUAAACGGUGACCUGAGAAUCAGUCCUAAGUGCCGUUUUGAGCUUUGUUUCUGAAUUUAAUAUGCUUACAUCCACUUUGUAUUGGCUUAUGUGUCUGCAUUGUCUUUGACGAUGCAGUUAGCUGAUGUUAAGGGAACCGUUUCAGAGCAUGAAACAUGCUUUCUAACUAAGGAUAGCAGUGUCCACUGGUGUGCUGAUAUGCCGCCUCCUAAAUUCUCCUUCUCUAGUGUCGGUUACACAGUGGCUUGUGAGUUCUCCAGAUGUUUUUGAUUUGUUGCAUUUGCUCAAAUGUUUUACAUAUGCAAUUAACUUUGUGCAGCUUAAAUCUGACGGCCGAGCAUAUUUGUAGGCAGGUUCUGGAAAAACAUUUUUUUCCCCUCUCCUUGUACAUAACGUUCACAAGCAAAUGUACAUAAAACAUGGCUGUUAUUUUUUUAUUAUUUAAGGUUGAAGUGUUCAGUACAUUCAAUAUUCUAUGAUUGUAUGUUGACAAUUUCACAGUUUUAAAAGAUACAUUUUGGGGCGGGUGUAAUAAAAUAACAUGUUUAUGAUGCAGUUUUGAGAGUCCCAAGAUUUUGGUUCAUGAAAACAUAAGCCACAGUGGCCACUAGUGGCUA